AUGUUCCACCGUCGUCGCCCUGCUACGACAACCACCCGCUCCUCGAAGCCAACUCUCAUGACGCGCCUUCGUGGUCCAAACGCGAAAAGCAAGACAGUCAAGACGAAGACUACAACCACCCGCCAUGGCCCCUCUUCCCACCGCACUACGAAGCGUCACUGGGGUGUGGGCAGGCCGGUUCAGCAUCAUCGUCGGAAGACUACCCUCGGGGAUAAACUCUCCGGUGCUAUGCUGAAGCUGAAGGGGAGUUUGAUGCAUCGGCCGGCCGUGAAGGUAAGUGUUACACAGGACUGCGGGGAUGCCGCAUUCCUCCCCAAGACGUUCACCAUCCGCCUUCAAAAGGGGACCUUCACCCAGGCAUCCUCAAAGCACGAGAUAUAUUAUACCUACCGACUAAACUUCGACAAAUCACCCUACCCUCCAGCCGCGGAGUGGAAAGAAGCGCAAUGCGGCCACGAAUGCUGGACCCGACGCUCCUUUACCAGCGGUAAAUACAAGAAAGUCGAGAUCACCGCCUGGUACCGCCUCAAACGCAAUGUCCUGUAA